GCCGGAUCUGUGAGCGUCGUCAUCCCAACCGGACGUCGUGUGUUCUCUCGAUCUACCAUCCUGACCUCCGGUUAAAAUUGUGCGAAAACAGAAACUCAAACAUCAAGAAACUUCUUAAUCAGCCUUAGACAAUACGGAAGAUACACGAACACACGGAUCCUGGGUUUUAACGAAGGGUGCGAGAUAGUUACGUGAAGUUUUCCCUCUGGACAAGCAAGAUCAGUUAAUCAAGUUGCGCGCCGCCAAAGUUAAGAAGUUAUAACCUCCCGGUUAUACGUGACACAUCCAGCAAAUAUUUAUCCAUAGAUGUGUGGUGGUUAGAGGAAGGAGGAGUAUAAUCACUUUUUCAACUUUUGGCUGGUAUGGCUAGUUGGGAUUUAAUGAAUUGAAGAUGUACAGUGCGGUGGCUGCGUUGCAACCCUUAAUAAAUCAGUCGGUAGUGAACCCUUUGAAAUGCACUUACGUCGAGGAUGCGAAGAGCGUCUGCUCUCAAAACGGUACAAGUGUUGUGGUGGCUUGCACAGGUUACGGGGACAGGUUGUACGAGUACAGCUGUAAACUGCACGCGACUGCAUCGGCAUCCGCUUCCGGGUUCUUCGCGUGCACAGGAUGUGACUCUCCAGGUCGCUUCCAGAUUGAGCUACUCAAUAUCAAUAAUUUGAGCGAGUUCCUGUUUAUGAGUCCGAUGGUCGGGAAUUUCAGGUGUUCGACGAGAAACCAAAGUGACGUUGACUUUUGGACGUGCACUUUAGAUGAUUCGUUUACGAAUGAGACGGCAGGAAACUUUCUCUGGGAGUCCGACUGGAGUUUCCUCUUUGUCUUCGUAUUUAUUAUGGCCGGAGGCGUCGGAAAUAUCCUCGUCUGCUUGGCCGUCCUUUUCGACAGGCGGUUGCGUAACUAUACGAACUAUUUCCUGUUGUCUCUGGCUAUGGCCGAUCUCCUAGUCAGCCUCUUCGUCAUGCCGCUAGGAGCUAUUCCGGGUUUCUUAG